AUGAAGGUAGACGAACUUAAGCCGCUCGAGGCGCUCCUCACGGCCGAUUUCCGCCAGAUCGAGCCGAGGCUGCAAGCACUCGACAAGCACCUAAUCCUCCGCACAUACCUCGACGGCUACAUCCUCGGCGAUAUCGACACCAAAAUCUGGCUCGCUCUCCGCGGAAAUCGCGCUGCCGUCUCAUUCAUCAAACGUGGCAGCCUCGCCAACCUAGCCCGUUGGUUUCAGUUCAUCGAGGAGAACCACCCCGAGAUCCAGGCCGAGGUCAAGGCAAAGGAUGCCGCUGCGAAGGCCAAAGUUGCUGCCGCCAGCAAGGCAGGCGCAAGCUAUGCUCUGGCCCUACAGAAUGCCGAUCAGGGCGUCGUGACGCGAUUUUUGCCAGAGCCCUCGGGAUACUUGCACAUUGGACACGCCAAGGCCGCCCUUCUCAGCGACUACUUCGCCCAUCAAGCGUAUAACGGGAAAUUGCGCCUUCGCCUCGAUGACACCAACCCAUCCAAGGAAAAGCAAGAGUACCAGGAUGCCAUUAUCGAGGAUCUCGCGCUGAUGGGGAUCAAGCCCGACUCGCUGUCCUACACGUCGGAUUACUUCGACUACCUUUACGACAUGUGCAUUCGUCUCAUCAAGGAGGGACAUGCCUACGCCGAUGAUACCGACCAAGAGACGAUGCGUGAUGAGCGUUUCAAGGGUAUCGCUUCGAAGCGGCGUGACCGAACCGUGGAGGAGAACCUCCGCAUCUUUGAAGAGAUGAAGCAAGGCUCUGCGGAGGGUGUCCAGAACUGCAUGCGUGCCAAGCUGUCGGUCGAUAACCCGAACAAGGCGAUGCGCGACCCCGUUAUCUAUCGCUGCAACAUCGAGACGCCCCAUCACCGUACUGGCACUAAGUGGAAGAUGUACCCCAUGUACGAUUUUGCAUGCCCCGUUGUCGACAGCCACGAGGGUGUCACGCACGCUCUGAGAGCUACCGAAUAUACCGACCGGAACCCCCAGUACCAGUGGUUUUUGGAUACGCUCAAACUCCGUCAAGUCUACAUGUGGGACUUUGCGCGGAUGAAUUUCAUUCGGACCUUCUUAUCCAAGCGUAAGCUUGCGAAGCUCGUUGAUACCGGGAAGGUUUGGGGGUGGGACGACCCGCGCAUGCCGACGAUCCGCGGUGUUCGCAGGCGGGGUAUGACUAUCCCUGCUCUGCGCGACUUCAUCCUCAAGCAGGGCCCUAGCCGGAACGUGGUUACUAUGGACUGGACGAACUUCUGGGCCAGCAACAAGAAGGAGAUCGACCCGAUUGCCCCUCGCCACACCGCCAUCCUGAAGAAGGACGUCGUCAAGGUGACGGUGACUGGUGCCGAGGCUCCGGCGGAGCCCUUCUCCAGCGACAAGCCGAAGCACCCCAAGAACAAGGAGGUCGGGACCAAGAAGGUUACCUUCGGCCCGGAGCUCCUGCUAGAUCAGGCGGACGCCAAGAGCUUCAAGGACGGAGAGGAGAUCACCCUCAUGGCUUGGGGUAACGCGUUCGUCCGCCAGAUCUCGGGCGGCGAUCCGAUCCCGAGCCUCACCUGCGAGCUGAACCUCCAGGGCGACGUCAAGAAAACCGAGAAGAAGGUCACCUGGCUCGCCUCGCAAGGUCAGACACUGGUGCCUGCUGAGCUGUGGGAUUUUGACUACCUUAUUACCAAGGAUGUCCUGCAGGAGGAGGACAACUUGGACGAGUUCCUAACGCCCGUGACCGAGACGAUGGAUGACGCGUGGUGUGAUGGGGCCGCAGCAGAGCUCAAGAAGGACGAUAUCAUCCAACUCGAGCGGCGUGGCUACUACCGGGUGGACAAGGGCCUCGGUGACUGGAAGGACGGCGAGGAGGGGCCCAAGGGCAAGAGGCUCGUGCUGUUCUGCAUCCCGACUGGAAAGACGGGGCCGAAAUAG